AUGGCUAAGAUUCAUCCUCAAACAUCAGUGAAGGGGGUUUCUGAUCAUUCUACAUCAGAAAGAGAAACAUUUACAAUAUGGAUGAAAUCCCUUGUAUUCCACGGAAAUGGUUGCACUGUUUUUAAUUCCAAAGGUGAAGUCGUUUAUCGAGUUGAUAAUUACCAAACAAGACAUAGGAGUGAAGUUUUUCUCAUGGAUUUCUAUGGUGAAGUUUUAUUCUCCAUGAAAAGAAAGAGAUUACGAAUUUUUGAAAGUUGGGAAGGCUAUAAAUGGAUUGAUGCUAUACUAAAUAAGGAGAGACCAUGGUUUCAAGUAAGAAGCAAUUGCAGCAUUUUCAGAAGACACAAGCACAAGACUUGCCAUGUUAGUCUGGGAUGUGACAAAACUACAGAAAGAAGCAGCUACCAGAUAACGGGAUUGGAAGGAAAAUCAACAUUUAAAAUUAUAGACAAUGCAGGCAAUCUUGUAGCACAGGUGAUAAAGAAGCAGUCCUCAUCAGGAGUUCUUUUGGGUGAUGAUGUGUUAACUUUAGUAGUGGAACCUCAGAUGGAUCAUUCACUAGUUAUGGCUCUUGUGAUAGUUCAUGGAUUGAUCAAUCAAAAACUGUAA